ACAAAAAAGCACACUAAAGCAAUUAAAUCGCCGCAAACAAUUAAAGCCAUAAUUAAUGCAACAAACAGGCGCGCGCGCUGAUUAAUGAAAUCGUGACUGAAAAAAGGUGAAAUAAAUAAAAUAACAAAAACAAACACGAAAUUAAAAGUGCCCUAAUAAACGUCAAUUGAAAGAGCAAUUAACGCGCCACCCGCCAGCGCCAGAACAAGUGAGUGUACGCCGCUUGACACAAAAUGAAUGUGCGAAAUGAGGCGCGACGUUGCUCAUACGUCACGGCGUACGCCGCGUACAAAGAUGCGCCAACCGCCAAUAUUUGCCCAAUGCCGGCGGAGAUUGACGCACAAUGUCCUUGUUAUGGGCGAAGACAAAACCUUGAAUAUGUCGCAAAUGCACGGAUGGACGCUGCAGCAGCAAAAGCAACAACAACAGCUGCAGUAACAACAGCAGCAAGCAGCGCGACAUGCAAUGACGGCAAGAAUGUCGAAUUGACAACGAGGCUACAGGCAAGCAGCCCAAGUCAUAAGAGCGCACCAGCCACUGCAGCAACACACAUACACACACCACACGCCUGCAGCCUUAAUAUGAGACCAGCGCUGCAGUUGCAGCUGCCACUUGCGCCACCGCUGCAUUUGAGCGAUGAGGAAGAGGAUGCGAGUGCUGAUGAGACGAAUGAUGAUGAUGAAGGGCACUGCAGCCUCCAGCAGCAGCACUGCUACCAUCCACAACAACAACAACAAAAACAUAGUAACGACCACAACAGCAACCGCAGCAGCCACAGUUGCCACAGCUCAGCAUCAGACAGUGAUGAAACCGACAUCGGUCUGCAGGCUGUUGCCAGGGCCAAUGACAGCCGCCUGCUAACAGCAUUGACCGCUGCGCCGCAACCAAAUGCCAGCGCAGACAUUGACACCUCCACGCCGUUAGACGACGUAACACAGGCUUCGAGUUUCGAUGAUGACUGCUUUUUGCUGCGGACGCCACCGGCAGCGCAGAAUGAAAUUUUCGUGAACAGAUCGCUGCACUUGGAGAAUAUUAAAUUCUAUGGCUUCGAUAUGGACUACACUUUGGCGGAAUACAAAUCGCCACAAUAUGAACAACUCGGCUUCGAUUUGGCCAAGGAGUGCCUUGUCAAUGACGGUUAUCCCAAAGAGAUUUUACAAUUCGAAUAUGAUCCCUCAUUUCCGGUACGUGGCCUGUGGUUUGACACACUCUACGGCAAUCUCCUGAAAGUGGACGCCUACGGCAAUAUAUUGGUGUGUGUGCGUGGCUUCGAAUUUCUCAAACAUCAUCAAGUAUAUGAAUUGUAUCCUAACAAAUUUUUAAAAUUGGACGAGAAGCGCGUCUAUGUGUUGAACACUUUGUUUAAUCUGCCUGAAACCUAUUUAUUGGCAUGUUUGGUUGAUUUCUUCACCAACAGUUCUGAGUACAUAAGCGAAAAGACUGGUGUCAAGGCGGGCGAGCUCUUCAUGUCCUUCAGGUCGAUUUUCCAGGACGUACGACGUGCCAUCGACUUCGUACACAUAAAGGGCAAUCUUAAACAGAAGACAAUUGAGAACUUGGAUUACUAUGUCAAGAAGGACCCACGCCUGCCCAUGGUGCUGUCGCGUAUACGCGAAUCCGGCGCCAAAGUCUUUUUGCUCACCAACAGCGAAUACAAAUACACUGACAUAUUGAUGUCGUAUUUGUUCGAUUUCGAGCAUGGCGCGCGACCCGACGAACCACACCGCAAUUGGAAGACCUACUUCGAUGUGAUUGUGGUGGAUGCGGCGAAGCCAUUGUUCUUCGGUGAAGGUACCAUACUCCGACAAGUCGAUACAAAGACGGGCGCCUUGAAGAUCGGCACACACAUGGGACCACUGCAGCCGGGCAAAGUGUACUCGGGUGGUUCGUGUGAGGUCUUCACCAAUUUCAUCAAUGCCAAAGGCAAGGAUGUGCUCUACGUUGGUGAUCACAUAUUCGGUGAUAUAUUGAAAUCGAAAAAGAUACGUGGUUGGCGUACAUUCCUGAUUGUGCCCGAACUCGUGCAGGAGCUGCAUGUGUGGACGGACAAGUGUCAGUAUUUUGCAGAGUUGCAGCAUUUGGAUGUGAUGCUCGGUGAUAUGUAUAAAAAUUUGGACUCGAGCGCCAAGGAGAAACCAGAUAUCUCAAAAUUACGCUCCAGCAUACGUGAUGUCACACAUAAAAUGGACAUGGCCUACGGCAUGAUGGGUUCACUCUUCCGUUCCGGUUCACGGCAGACAUUCUUCUCCAGUCAAGUAUCCCGUUAUGCCGAUUUGUAUGCGGCCACCUUCCUCAAUCUCUACUAUUAUCCCUUCUCGUAUAUGUUCCGUGCACCGGCUAUGCUGCUGCCGCACGAAUCGACGGUGACACACGAGCAACGCUUCCACAUGGAGACGCCGUCAAUACAGCGCUCACGCAGCAAGAACGAAAGCGUGGAUGGCGCGUUAAGUACGAUUUCAUCGCCAACCGAGAAGGCGCAGGAGGCCAUAGCGAACAUUGAGCGCACGGAGGGCAAGGAAGAGGAAAUCGAAAAGUUGACCGAGGAAAUUAAGUCCAUGAAUUCAGCCGGUUCAACCAACUCCACAGUGCCACAUACACGUCCGCCAACGCCGCAAACGGUGACGCACACACACGACGAAGACUACUCGGAGGAGGAAUCCGAUCAGUAUCCAAAGUGUUCAUGCCAGCGACAGCAGGACGACACCGACUAGAGUCGGAAAUGUAUUUGGCUGGCAUAACACUAAUUCAAUAUUGACAGUUUGGACGCUGCAGUAAAGCAAAAUGAAAAAAUAAAAUAAAAAUAUAUAUAGGGUGAUGACAAAUGCUGCAGCUUUGAACGCAUUUCUGCGAUCCAUUGUUAUAUGACAGAGAUUUUUCAUUCAAUGCGACGAUUUUAUAAAUGAUUUUCCUUUUUUACACAACCUGAGAAUUUAAUUUGUAAUUGUUUAUUUAGUAUAACUAAUGUACCUUUGUUUUAGUUUCGUACGCAAAACCAUUUUUUUAUGUUAAUUAUAUUGUUUUAGAUAAACCAUAAUUGGAUAAAAUAAAAUAAACAACAUUUAACACAUUUCA